AUGUCUGCCCCUAAAGAUAGACUGGACAAGGUUUUUGCGCAAUGCCUUCAACACCACCCUGAAGGUCACGCAACAUACGAACAGAUUAGCGCUAGAGACUUGAAGCCAGGAGCAUGUGGUUACAUCGACGAGAACGGGGCCUGGAACAAAAUCGCCCAGAUGACAGAUGAGGCGGCCAUGAAUAUGCUUGGGUGGACCUGUCCUAAGGAUCUUGCUACUGUGGAGAAGGCAGGAAAAGAGAAAUGGCCUCAGGCCAAAACUUCCAAGAACUUAUCGUGGUCGAGUACCGAUGUUGAUGCAGGCGCUGAUGUACCCGGUAUGCAAGCUGGGGGAAGGAUCAAAAUGGAAUAUCAGAAAGCCGAGGGCAAUGGCGCCAUAAUGAUGGCCGAUGGAGAAGUUAAGCACCGUCGAGCAAAGCCACUAUCCACAGCCGUGGACUGGUUGGCUCAAAACGCCAGUUCAAUUCUGGAAAAAUUCAAAGACGCACAGACCAAUGGAAUCUGGGUCGUCACCUCAACCCACGUCGCUGAGCGCCGUGUGCUCGCUGUGCUCUCUUCUCAUCAAACAACAUUCUCCUGGACCGUCGAAGUCAAAGCGGCCGACGUUGGGAGUAUAGCGCCUAGUUCAAGCUGGGUUAGGGAACGGCAGGACGGUUCGUGGAUCGAACAAGAGGAUAAAGACGGAGUUGUUCUUUUCUUUUGCGGCAUACAGUGGGAUCCGCGCAGAAUCUUCCGUAAGUUGAGAAGACAGAGAGAGGAUCAAAAAUAUCUCGGCGCAGAUGAGGAUAAGGGGCUAGAUGCUAUCGAAGUUGAAUUGGAUAGUAGCGGAAUCGAAGGAGAAGCGCGAUUCACGCGCUUUAAGCUUGUGCCCAAGCUGGUAGGGACUGUAGAGGACGUUCACUUGAAAGCUGAUUACGAUUCAGAAGAUGACAGUGAAGACGAAGAAGAUGGUAAUUAA